GGAAAACAGGUGGUCGAUGACACAGGAGGAUUUACAACUCUGGCAAUUACACAUUUAUUCCUACUAUACCUAUUUCUUUCCAGUUAAUUAAUAUACGCGGACGUCUGAGAUAGUAAAAAAGACAGCUUGCUUACGGAAGAUGUCUAAAAAGUCAAAAAAGAGGAGGCGCAAGAAGUCGUCUUCAUCCUCCGGUGAAGAAGAUGAGAAGGCACGUGAAGAACAAGAUGUAACCAGAAAUUAUAAGAGUGGCAAGAGGAAGAAAGAUGGAUACAGCCAGGAGAGCUUUGCAACAAAGCAGAAAGAUUGUGCUUCUCAUACUGUUAAAGAGGAUUCCCAAAGCACCCGUCAGAUCAAAAAGGCUGUCUACAGACUGCCAAAAACACAAGCAACAGACCAGAAACCUGUUAAUAAGGGAGGGGAAUGCUCCAAAUCAAAACAUAUCUCUGUGCCAUAUUAUGGAGAUAAUUAUUCUGGUAAAGCAAAGCGUGAUAUUUCAGGGAAAUGUACAAUUGCCAGUGGGAGUAAAACUGUGCAAAGGAGCCCAUCCACAUCCCUGAGCAUCGGCAGUACAGGUACAGUUCCUCAGAGACAAGAAUGGACCUCUACAGGCAGCUCUAAUGAAAAGUCUUCCCACAGGAGCCCAUCAAGAUUUAAAAAGCUGCUAAUGAGUCCCAGUUCGGUUUUCGCUGAACAAAAGGAACAGAGGCCGAAUGUACUGAAAAAGAAGUGCAAAGAAGAGGAACCACCAAGAACUGGAAAUAACAGCAACACUAUCAAAUCCAGGGAUUCAAACAAGACCUCUGUCUGCGUGGACUCUCAAAGGCAGAAGAUAAAGGACCUGAUCAAGAAAAUGUGCCAGAGGCAUAAAGAAAAGGAUUUAAAUGACAAAAAGAGCCUUUAUACAGAAGCAAAAACUCCUGCUACUACCAAAAAGCAGUCUUCCACCUCAGCCAAGUACACUACCUCAGAGAGGAGCUCAAACGUGUUAAAGAAUGUCACCUCAAUCCCAGGGAAGGCCACAUCAGGGUCCCAUAACACAGCUAAAUCAUCAUGCACCCAGCAGCAAAUAUGUUCUUUCACAUCACGUCUGCCUCUGAGUUUUAAGAUACCAAAAAGAGUAAAGUCAUGGCCAGUUGAUAGCACAGUUGAAAGUAGUGAUGCUGUUUCAACAAGCAGAAAUGUCAGACAUGGGACUGAGCUUUCAAACUCUGGGGCCUCAGUGAACAAAUCCAAGCAGGAAACUGUGAAACAGGCUCACAGUUUGGAUGUUACUCCUAUUUUUCCAAGUGAAGAGCAAGAUAGGAGGCCAUCUUGGUCAGGCCGACUCCCAGCUACGAGUAAUACCGACACUGCGCCAUGUUAUGACCAGAAGCAAUUGGUUGAAGAACUUCACCUUGCUCGCUCUGAGAAGAGAUUGGAGCUUGAUGUAAUGCAGAGCUAUGGGGAACUCACCUGUAUGGACAUAGACCCCCCAGAGGAAGGAACUACAGACACACUAUGCAAACAACCCCUUCAGCAAACCCUAAUCCUCAUUUUGGACACCAACAUUCUCCUUAGUCACCUGGAUUAUGUGAAAAAGAUGAAAUCUCUCGGUCUUGGAGCCCUGGGCUUCCCUGUUGUCCUGAUCCCCUGGGUGGUGCUUCAGGAGCUGGAUUCACUAAAAAAGGGUCGAGGCCUGAAAGAUUCUGUGGCUCACCUGGCCUGUCCCGCCAUCUCAUACAUUUACAAUUCUCUGAAGAGCCGGGAACCGUACCUCUGGGGCCAGUCAAUGCAACAGGCCACCCAGAGUAGCAAUGGUCUGAAUACUGAGAAUAAUGAUGACCGAGUGCUGCAGUGUUGCCUGCAAUACCAGAGUCUGUACCCAGAGUGUGCACUCAUCCUAUGCACUAAUGAUAAAAACCUGUGCAGUAAGGCUCUCUUGAGUGGGGUGAAGGCCCACAGCAAGAAUGACCUGGAGGCAGAGAUUGGGGGAUCGAGACUUGACCCUCCCUACUGCAAAAACAGUCAGAUUCCCACGCCGCCUCACAUCAGCUUCCAGGUCUCAUCACCAAUGCCGAGCAGGAGUUUCAUACCAGUGCAGGCACACAGUCAAGAGAGAACAAGCCUUUCUGUAGGAGCCACACAGAAAGAUAGAAAGCCACUCAGUGAAGGGGAUGAAGAGAGGAGGAAAUAUGACUUGAGCAGAUGUGUUGUUUCUGAGCUAGAAGAUUGCCUCCGGGAGGUGCUGUCCGAUGUGCUAGAGGUGGAGAUGAAGGCUGUGUACGAAGACCUCUGGCAAGAGAUAAUUUAUGUAAAACCACCCUGGACUCUGCAAAAUGUCCUGCAGUGUUUGAAAAAACACUGGAUAGCUGUCUUUGGAUUCAUUGUCCCACGGAAAAAGCUUGAAACUGUUUUAAAUCUCAUCAACUUCUUCAACUCAGGUAAAUCAAUGGACUGUAGCGCUACGUUAGCCGCCCUCCAAGAAGCUAAGGAGCUUGUCGAAGCAUUUGAAAAACGUUCAAGCCAUGUUCCCAGUGCCCUCUCCAUAAUGGACAACAUUUUCCAUAAGCUACAACCUCAGGGAGGAUCUCCUACAUGUGAUGUUGUCAUGAAUGAUGAAGAUGAAGACAAACAACCCACGUCCACUCAGUUCUCUUACCAGGAAGUGUGGGCCCUGUUUGAGAACAUCUGGUCUAAUGUCUGUCAAAUAAGUUUUGAAGUGUUCAAAGCUCUGGGCUUUGACCCUCAAGCCAUGCAGACUGCUCAACCAGCAGGAGGUCCUCCACCACCACAGGAAGCCGUGGCCUGUUUGCAAAAACUGUCCUCCAUGGUGUCACAGCUGCUCCAAGCCUUCAGCAGUGUCUUGUCCUCAGCUCCUGGUUUAGAGGAAGUGCAGACACUGCUUGACAUCAUCCAGUGUAAUAAGAUUGUUGAUGUGGAUUCCCGAUUUGCAGCCAAAGACCUACUUGAUUGUUUCUCACAACAAGACUACAGGGAGAAGCUGAGAGUUGGAGGGGCCCAGUUAAUGGAGCUAAAAGAGGCCCUGGACCGUUGUGUUGAGACCACACAUCAACAGAUCACAUACACAUAGCCUUGAUUGGACCAGUCUCCAGAGGUUUCCAACAAAACAAAAUGUUUGAAUAAACUUGAUCCUUUAAUUGAAGCAAAAUCUGUAAGUUAAAGGGAUGAUUACUUUGAGUAUAAACUCUGUGUAUAAAAAUGUGUUCAGUGGCAGAAACGUUGUUCUGUUUCCCUGAAUGAUAGUCAAAAAAGCUAAAAGCUAAUACAUUUGUUCAAUGGUGCUAUUAAACUAUUUUCCAGUAGUUCAGGUUCAUCAGGUACUGCUUUCAGUGUUUUCUAGCAGUCACUGAGCUGUUUGACACUUGGUCUUCAUACCUCCCAUCCAAUAAUCAUAGUUGAACUGCUAUUACAGUUCUUCUAUAUUUCAAGUUCGAUUUAGGUUAUUAAAUUUGUAAAUAUGAAUGCACAUAAAUGUUAAAUCAUAAUAUUUUACUAUAUAUGAUAUACUUUUUUAAAAUGUUAUAUUUACUUUUUGAAACUAAGUAUGUUAAACUUUGGGCAUACAUAGAAUUUAUAUAUUUAUUUUGUGAUCUUUUUGGGCCAUCUGAAUGUGUCUGAAGGACCCAGACAACAGAUUUAAAAAAGACUGCAAUUAACUAUAUUUAAUGUCUGUUGCACUUUCUUAAAAGGAUACGUUCAAUAUUUUCAAAUUAGACCAUAUUUAAAGUAUCCUGUGGAAUUUUUGACCACUUGUAGUGCUAUGGAGCCAUGUAUUUAGGAGUUGGUACCAAUUAGUACCAGUUUAGUUGGUUUUGUGCACACAUACAAGUACACAGAUGUAUGCACCUAAGACACACAGAAGCGUAAUAAUGAACCAACAAUGUAAAGCUAUCUUGUAAACAUGUAUAUAAAACAUUUUUUUUUAAAUGGCUUUGCAGAUGUUUUGUAUGGAGGAAAAUACUUUCAGCUUAUUUGUACUUCAAAAAUACACAAAUAGUUUUUGUCUGAAACAUUUCAUGUAAACAAAACUUUUUGUUGUUUUGUUUGUUUAAAAUAAUAUUCCACAGGGCACCUUUAAAAUAUGUAUUUAUGUUUGUUAAACUUCACCAAAAGCUUCAGUUAGAAGAAGCUGCAUGCAGAAGGCUCUCAGUGCAGUUUUUGUUUUGCCUGUUAAAAGGUCAAGUCAUACUUCUAAUUUCACACAACUAAAUGAAGCAAAAACAGUUUGAUGGACAGCGUGCUUUUACAUCCUCUUUUUUUAGCAGUGGAAACUGGACAUAUCUGACUAUGCCAUGAGCUUCCUGUUUUCACAAUCAGAUUUUUUUUUUUUUUUAAGUCAACAUUUUUAAUAAGGUUGGCAAAAAUGGAACUUGGAUUUUCAGCUUUUCUCAGUUUUGGUUUAUUUUUACA